CUCACUCGGGGGUCACCGGAGGACAUCGAGGCGUCGGGUUUCGUGCCCGUAGAGGACAGAGUAGCAGAAAGCCGGGAUGGCCCCGAUUUCAGGAGGCGUUUGAGGACCUGGCGCUGUUCUUCACACGGAAGGAGUGGGAGCUGCUGGGAGAUGGAGACAAGGUGCUUUACCGGGACCAGAUGCUGAGGAAUUACCAAGCCCUUGUUUCCCUGGGAGGUCUCCUGCAAACAUCACCUGAUCCAGAGUGCAGGGCAUCUAAGUUCUUGGCAGGUGACAGUGAUCACUGUGAUAAAGAAGUGGGCUGAAUGCAGAGCCCUGAUCCUUGUUCUGACUACUGUUGAGUUUGAACAAGAAUAGUGAUACUGCAUUUGGUUGCCAGUUAUCUGGAAACUUCUUGUACUAUACACUUUUCUGGAUGAAGCAACCAACCAUCAUUCCCCUUCAUCUCCUAAUGCUUUAGGAAUUUCCACAGGAUAUCAAGGUCCCACACCAGAUUUAAUCUGCCGCAUUCAGCGAGGGGAGGUGGAGCUCUGGGUCUGUGAUGAUGAGGAUUCUGGAGAAAGCGCGUCAUCCAAGGGCCUGUCCCCAGCAGAUGCCUGGAUGGAGAGCAGAGCUGAGCAGCAACAUCUGAGGGAAGCACCUGCAUACCUGGAGCUGGUCCCAGUUAGAAACCAGCUACCUGUGCAAUGGGCACAGAAAGCAGCUCAGCCCCGAAAAAGCCCUGCAUGUAGGGAAGGAUUCAAGGGGCGGAGAGAUCUGAAGAGCCCUGAGGGCAGCACUCUGAGGGGGGAAGUGUUAUAUAUAUGUGGAGACUGUGGUAAAAGCUUCAGAGAUCAACAGGAGCUCAGGGUCCAUGGGGGGACCCAUGUGAGGGAGACUGCUGACCCCCAUGCCUAUAAAUCCCGUCUUGUUGAGCACCAGAGAAUACAUCUGGAGGAGCGCCCCCACCUCUGCCCUGAGUGCGGGAAGAGCUUCCUCCAGCUCUCUCACCUCCAUGUCCACCAACGUGUACAUACCGGGGAGAAGCCGCACCACUGCUCUGAGUGCGGAAAGAGCUUUAAUCAGUUGUCCCACCUCCGUGUGCACCAGCGCAUCCACACUGGGGAGAAGCACUACUGCUGCGCUGACUGCGGGAAGAGCUUCAAUCAGCUCUCCCACCUCCAGUCCCACCAGCUCAUCCAUGCUGGAGUGAAGCCCUAUCACUGUGUUGAGUGUGGGAAGAGCUUCCGGCAGAGGUCUACCCUCGCCCAGCACCUGCACGUGCACACUGGAGCCAAGCCAUAUGGCUGUGCUGAGUGUGGGAAGAGCUUCAACCGCUCAUCCAACCUCCGUGUGCACCAGCGUCUCCACACUGGGGAGAAGCCACACCGCUGUGCCGAGUGUGGAAAUAGCUUCAGUGACCCGUCACGGCUCCGUGUUCACCGGCGCGUGCACACGGGUGAGAAGCCACACCACUGUGAUGAGUGUGGGAAGAGCUUCAGGGACCUGUCACGGCUCCGCAUCCACCGGCGUGUCCACACGGGGGAGAAGCCUUACCACUGCCCCGAAUGCGGGAAGGGUUUUGCUCGCCCGGAUCUCUUCCAGAUCCACAUGCACGUGCACCGGGGGGAGAAGCCAUACCACUGCACGGAGUGUGGGAAGAGCUUUGUCCGCCCAUCCUUCCUUCGGGCGCACUUGCACGUCCACACAGGGGAGAAGCCCUACCCAUGCGCAGAGUGUGGGACAAGCUUCCAUUACCCAUCGCAGCUUCGCAUCCACGAGCGCCUGCACACCGGAAAGAAGCCCUAUCAUUGCAUAGAGUGUGGGAGGAGUUUCAAUAGCCAAACCCACCUCCGCGUGCACCAGCACGUCCACACCGGGGAGAAACCGUAUGGCUGCAACGAGUGUGGGAAGAGCUUCACCCGCCCAUCCUACCUCCACGUGCACCAGCGUGUCCACAUGGGAGAGAAGCCAUGCUGCUGUGCCGAGUGUGGGAAGAGCUUUGGGGAUCAGUCUGCUCUGAGCAAGCACCAGGAAACCCACAGAUCAGACCCUUGCCAUUGACGUGGGAUCAGUUUUUGCCAGCUCUCUUCUCAGCUCUCUCUCUCCCUACAGUCUGUGCCCUGGGGUGGUAGGGAAGGAUCUGGCACCUGAACUAAAAUGGCCUCACCUUUGCAUCUGCCCAGGUACUAGGGGCUCACACAGGCCUGGGGAUAGGAGUAUUGUCCAGGAGACUCAAACAUGCCAUAGUUGGGUUUUGGGCUGCAACUGAGAUGGAGGAGAUAGGUGGGCUCAGGCCUGUGCUUCAGGAGCCCUGUGGUCUUUCAAGUUUUGGAUUGGCAAUCUGGUCAGUUGACCAGUCAGAUAUUGUCAGUUAACUGCAUAUUUUUGACUGGUCAAAAAUUUUACCAAAAAAGUAAAUUUUUUUUUUGUAGUUUUCUUGACAGAAAUAUAACUUUUUUAAAAUUGUUUUUGACACAUUUCUUAAUGGAAAAUUGGGCUUUUCCUGUGCAUUAUUUGGACCUAUUGGCAACUUUUUUUUUACAAUUUUUGACCGGUCAAUGGACUGAACUUUAUUUGACCAGUCAAAUACCCAAACCUACUCAAAUGGGUUACCCUUGUUUGUGCUUAAAGCCAUCCUUUGACAUUGUCUGAGGUGGGGACAGAGAGGCUUUCUUUUAGUUUGUUUUAGGGGGUUUUGGACUCUCGUCUUGUGCUUGCUGGGGGGAGGGAGAAGAGUUGGAUGCUCUUUGAGGAGGGGAGGAGACAACUGCAGCCUCUCCGCAGGGGUUGGGAGCAGGUUUGGAAGAAAUAUUGAGGGGAGACUGAAGGGCUUUUGCCUGGGAUUGAGGUGGAGUGGUGGGUCAGGGAUGGUAGGGGAGGGGCUCAGGAGGGUUUCUUUCAUCUGGGUGUGACUGGCAGUUGGGAGGCAUGGUUGGGUUGGCAGGGGGGGUUGCAUGUGUACGGGGUGGGGUUCACAUUUUGGGUUGUUGCUUGUGGGUUUUUUUUUUAUUGCAAACUGCUGAAGCUUCCUGGAUAGGGCAUGAUAUAAGCAUCUGUCCUGGCAUGGGGGUUUGCAUGCGAGUCAUUGCCAAGAACAGCUUCUGCAAGGGAGACUCAGGCCACCUGCACUGCAGAGGCCUGGCUGGUGCAGUAACGGUGGCAGCACCCCUAGUUCAGAUGCAGCCUGUGCUGGCAGAGGGAGUAGAUGUCCCACCUUCCGGAUGACGUGGGCUGAAGCAGAAAAAGAGAUACAGCUCAGCAGAGCUGUAUCAACAUCAGGCACUUUGCUAGAGCAGCUGGGGAAUGAGAGGUCUCAUAGUCCUAUCUGGGCUAACCAUACUGAUUAAAAUACCAGUGUUUCUGGCACCUGUUCCACUCUUUUUGCCUAAUUCCCUUACAGUACCCCUAACCUAACCUCCCACUGUCCCAGCCCUGACCCCCAAAAUGGUUACAGCAUCUGUGUGUCUGUUGCAGCACCCCGUUCCCUUCACAGCUCUUUCUCUCCAUACCCUCAAAACCCACAGAAGCCCAUCUUCCUCACUCUGCCUCCCCCCCCUCCCCCCCCCCCAGCCAGUUUCAGCUCUGGGGAGUGGGGUGGGUGGUUUCCCAUGCUCAGGGCUUUGGCAUGUUGUUGGGGGAGUAUGGCAGGUGACUGGUACAGCACUAUAGCCCUUACUACCCCACAGAACUAAGCAGAGAGGAGCAGCCUGCCAUGAUGUAGAUCAGGGUUAUAAUUGUAAGUUAUAAGGGAUUCAUUAGGAGUGUGUCCUGGGGGGAUAGAGGUGCUCACAGGAAGACUGGGAUUUGGGGAUCUGCAGGGGGCAGGGAAACCCUGCAGGAGGCAUAGUAUUUGGGGUGAUAGAAGGUGAUAGAGAUUUGUGCAAGUGUCACACUGGGGAGCCUGAGUAAUAGGGAGCUAAGGGUCCUGGAAGGGUUACAGAGACCAGGGAGACUCAUGGAAAAUGGAAGGGAUACAGGGAUUGGGAAAGUCUGCCCACUUUUCACCACAUUUAUAGGACUGGCCUAGAGAGAGAAAAGCAUAGACUUUUCCUGACAAUCUCGCUCUCCAAUGGAAAAGGAAAGCAUACAGGCAAUGAAAGAAUGGGCAGGUCAACAAGGAAGCUUGCCAGGAAAUAGCAAGAAUCUGCAUGGGCAAAAUGAGGAAGGCAAAGAUAAAGAAUGAGCUGCACCUGGUGAGGGAGGUUAAAGAGAACAAGAGGAUCUACAAGUAAGGUGGCCCAAAAAGAAGCACUAAGGAAACUGGGUCCACUUACCGAGCCAAGGGAAUUCUUGAGACCCUAACAAGGCAGAGCUACUCAAGAGCUACUUUGAUGUUGUCCCCCCCAAAAAAUUAAGCUCCAAACAAACAUGUAAUUAAGAUUAUUUAGGAGCAGGGGAGCAAACCGAGGAGUGAGAUAACAAGAUAGUCGAAGAGUUUGCUUUGAGUCUGAAUGAAUUCAAGUCAGCAGGAGCUGAUGAACUUCUUUCCAUGGUACUGAAGGAACUGGUAGAGGGGAUGUUGGAGCCCUUGGUGGGGAUAUACAUGAAGUCAUGGGAGACGGACAUGAGCGGUGGUGCUCCCCUUCAGAACGGCAAGGAGGAGGACCUGAAAAACAAUAAACCUCUUUGCCUCACUGUAACAACUAGGAAGUUAUUGCAGCCUUUAAGGAUUUGCAAGCAUUUCAAGGAGGCAAAGCUGAUUGCAAGCAGUCAGCAUGGAUUUACCAAGAACAAAUUGUGUCAAACAAGCUUGAUGUCCUUCAAAAAAGUAACUAGGUGGAUGAAGGGAAUGCUGUGGGUAUAGUGUAUCGGGACUUCAGCAAGACUUUUGAGACUGUCCCAUGGGACAUUCUUGGAUACAAAUUGGAGAAAUGUGAGCUAAAAACCCUGUGAGGUGGAUAGACAACUGGCUCAGUAGCUGACAUUGAAGGGUAAUUAUAAAUGGAUCCAUGUCAGAAUGGCAGGUGGCUUUGAGUGUCCCGGGCCUAGGGCUGUUGGACAUGUGUAUUAAUGAUCUGGAUGGUGGCGUAGAAAGCUUGCGCAGGCUUUCAGAUGGUACAAAAUUGAGAAGGAUUGUCAGCAUGUUGUGGGGAGGGGGCACAACUCAGAAAGGUCUCUACAGACUGGAAAGUUGGGCUUGGACAGAUGAAGUUGAAUGCUAAUGAACACAAGGUUGUAUACCUCAGGAAGACUAAUCAAAAAUGCAAAAUGGGUGACACCUAACUGGGAUGGCUGCACUACGGAGAAGGCUCUGGAGUCUUGGGAGGUAGUAACUGCACAGAAGGCAAACGCAAUUUUGGGAAUGCAUCAGUAGAAACAUUGGGUGCAAACGGGAGGUGAUAACGCCUCUCUACUUGACACUGGUUAAGCCUAAUUUUACCCCAUGGUCUAGAGUAUUGUGUGCCAUCUGGGGCUCCAUGGUUUAAAAAAGGCAUGGAGAAGUUGACUUCCUGACUUCUUGCCCUUUGGGCAGGGGGCUGGACUCGAUGAUCUUCCAAGGUCCCUUCCAGCCCUAAUGUCUAUGAAAUCUAUGAAGUUAGGUUCCAGAGGGAGGUGACAGAAAUGAUAAAGGGCUUGAAAGGCAAAUCGUACAAAGGGGCUGGAGGAUCUAGACUUGUUCAGAUUGUGGAAAAAAUGCUUAAAAAGGGACAUGAUACCAGUUUUCAGAUACCUGAGGGGUUGCCAUAAAGUGCGGAAAAGCACGUUUUGUCUUGUGCUGCGGAGAGUAGGACGUGGACUGAUGGCUUGAGGUUGCAGCAUAGGUUUAGGUUGGGUAUCAGGAAAAACUUGAUUGCCAGUCCUUCUGGUACUUAAACCCUGGAGGGCUUGCCCCUCCACUCAACAUUGGACCCAUUGCUGUACUUGGGGGUCGUGAAGAAAUUUUACCGCACGGUCAGAUUGGUACUGACUGGGAGUUUUUGCAUUUUGGAGGCUGGGGGGGGCUCUUCCUCUGGUCUCUCAAGCAUUGUUUAUCAACCCGUGCAGCUACAGGACAUUUGCUGCCACGGUUUCCCAGCUUUACGUGUCGCAGGUUGGGAUGUUAUGUCUUGUGUUGCAUCAGGCUUGUAGUUUUGGUAAGAGGUUAAACUGGGUUUUUAUAGGAUUGUUUGGGUAGUGAUGAUCCUGCCUCUUCCAGCCCUACUUCUCUCUGACUCUAAGUAAUAAGCAGUGGCACCAGUCCUGUGAAGUGACAGAGACCCCAAUUGGCGAUCCCUAGAGCCAGCACAGAUGCUGUCCAGAGGUGACAGCAGCAGCAAGUCUGUACAGCAGCGAUCCCAAACGGCAUGAGAUGAUGCUCCUGAGAGGCGAUGGAGACCUGAGCGGUGCUCCAGGCACCACAUCUCAUUGGUGACUCCAGACGGCGCCAAUCCUAGUGGCACUUAAGCUGGCUGCAGCGAUGUCGCCAGACAGCACUCGAAGCAGUGGCAAGCUGGUGAAAGUGGCAACUGCAGUCUUGGGUACUGAAAGGCAGCAGCACUUAAAGUGGUUGUGGGUGAUCCAGAGCAGCAGCACCCCCACGUAGCGCUCCCUGGAGCAGCAGCCAGUGAUGACUGAUGACAACCCACCCAGUCGGUGGUAACCCUGGGCGGUGGGCUUCCUCAAGCUCCCAGUGACGCUGGCUGCCUCGGCAGCGACCAUGAGCAUCUAGAGAUGGAGACCCCAGCAACCCUUACCUAAAGGCAGCAAGCAGUGACAAAAAACUGUCCCUAGUAACCCUGGAAGAAACCUCUCAGCCCACCCCCACUACACUGGGCAAGGUUGCAAUUCCCAGGUGGGGAGUUUGCACUUAAAACUUAAACCAGAAACUUAAAAUUUGAAGGUGCAUAAUAUAUAGGUGUUGAUAAGGUACUUAAUAUUUUUAAUGUUUUUCAUAUUUUAGGGUAUUUAAUGGGGGAGGUUGACGCUGGGGUAAUUUAAUAUUAAAGUUGUUGAAUAUUUUGAAGUGUUGGACAUUUGGGAUGCUGUUUGGGGAUGUUUUACUAUUUUGGGGUUAUAAUGGCUGGGGAGUUUGAAUAGUUGAAGGGAAAAUUAGAUGAGGUUGAAAUAUUUUUAUUUAUUUACCUUUUAAUAAACUUCUAUUAGUUGAAAUCA